UCCCCACCCCAAAUCUGCCCCACUGCUGAAUCAUUGGGCCUUACGUUCCACCAUUAGUGAGUUCAUCCUUUUGGGUUUCAAAAAAUCCUCAAAAGAUGCAAAUCCCCGACCUUCUGGAAAAUAGGCACCAGCUGAUAAGUUUCAUGAUGACAAUAAGAAACAGGCAGAUGGUUCAAAGUCCACACUUUACACUGAGCUGUGGGUCGGGCCAGGCAGAGCUGAUACCCCAACAGUGCCGUGUGGCGGCUCCAAUGAUUGUGGGACCUGAGGCUGUGUGUGCAGAGCCCAGUGGGAUCAGGAACCCUCCAUCUGGGCCUGGGCCUCUUAUUUUGAAGUGGACAGGGACGAACUGGGGAAUACCAGGAAAGGAUGCCCAGGUUCAGGAUGAGUCUAGAAACACUGCGAAUUGAGGAACCACCAAGAGACCUGGGAAACGGGCUCAUAGACUGGAACAGUGAGGACACAAAGGGUGACGUGACCUCUUCUCAGGGUUGUGAAAGUCUGAGGAAGACUUUCCUUAAAAUCCACGUUGGCCAACAGUGGAGUAUUCUGCCUCCAAGGGUGCGCGAUGGAGCAUCCGCGGGGCCCGAAGAAGUCUCUGUCACGGAGGAAAGCAAGGUCUCUGGACCGGUCGCAGGACUCUAGGAAGGACUCCUGGGACAGCCGGUGCCUUUCUCUGCCCACCACCCCCUGCAGGCAGGAGCUUCCUUGGGUGGCCAGCGAUGGGAGCAGACGUCCUGAGAGCCCAGCACAGCCUGUGGAGACUCAGGGCACCUCGGGUGCAGCCCUCAGCCUAGAAGAGACCAGGGAGUUUCUCCCCAGUGAGCAGAGGCCCCCACUGGACACCAAGAAGGACAAGGCCCCGAGGCGGGCCCAGCAGGGGUGGCUGAAGAGUAUACUGAACUUCUUCCUGAACACAGGCUUUGAGGAGACCAAAGAAAAGGCCAGCCGGAAGGCGAAGGCGAAGGAGGGCCUCCCCCAGCCUGCAGAAUCCUCUGAGUCACCGGGAGAGCCAGCUCCUAGGAAGAAAGCCCACGACAAGAAGGCCAGUCGCAAGAAACACAGUCUCAAGAAGCACGGUGAAGAGGAAACCAAGGCGGCCCCAGAUCAAGAAGAUGAAGGUCAAGAGGCAGUGCUGCCCAAGAAGACCGCUGCCUUGCCCUCGGAGGAGGCAGACCAGGGCCCAGCACCCAGGGGUGGGGAGGAUUCUGAUCACCAGUCCUUACUCAUCGAAGGCGGGGAUACUGGUGGGGGCACUAGCGUCUCCGAGCUUUCUUCCCAAGCCACAGGUCACCUGCAGGAAGAGGAGUACAAAAAGCUUGACGAGGAUACUAUUAUCCGGAUGAUAGUGCAAUUGCUCCAAAAAGUGGGAGACCAUUGGCAAGAAGAGCUGUGUCAAGCCUGUCAGCCAAAGGUGGCUCUACAUAACACAGGACCAGCCUCCAGGAAGAAAUCCCAGGAGAAAAAGCCUAACCUCAGGAGAGCCUUUCCUCAUAAGAAACAUGGCCCCGAGGAGCCCAAGAGAGCAGGGACUGCAGACGUUUCCAGCCCAGACUCCCGGCCGCCCAAGAGGCCCAGCUAUCUGUUCCUGUGUGUUGGGGGCCAUCGGCCCUCCAACUCCAGCAGCCGUGACUUGGAAGAACCGGAAGUUCAAGAGACCUUGUCUACAGAUUGUGGGGGUCCGAGUCCCUCAGAGUUUUCUCCCCAAGCAGGAAGCCCGGGACCCGAAGAAGACUUGCAGCUGGACAGAACCUCGGAAUUCGAAGAAUUUAUCCAGACGAUUAUUGGCCUACUCCAGGAUGAGGAGGAGCAGGAGGGAGAGAAGCAACUUCAAGUCCAGGAGCCAGAUGUGGCUGUAGAAAACCUGGCUUCCACCUGCAGGAAGAAAUCCCACAAGAAAAAGUCCAGCUUCAGAAAAGCCUUUUCUCAUAAAAAACAUGGCUCCAAGGAGCCCAAGAGAGCAGGGGCUACAGGUGCUGCCAGCCCGGACUCCCGGCCGCCCAAAAGGCCCAGCUAUCUGCCCCUGUGUGUUGGGGGCCAUCGGUCCAGCAGCCUUGAUUCAGAGGGACCUGAGUUCCAGGAGUCCUCGCCUGCAGAAGGGGGUCCAGCUGGAUCCCCAGGAGCUCCUGCCCACGCCAGUAGCCACAAGCCAGAAGGGAGACCUCUGCCUGAUGGAGCAUCUGAAUCUAAGGAGCUGAUCAUCCAGAAGCUGGUGGCCCUUCUCCAAGAAGUGGAUAGUCAUUUGGGGGAACAGAUCAGGCGACACCCCAGCUUUAAGAGGUUUUUUUACCAGCAAUCAGACGCCUCCCUCAAAAAGCUGGCCGCCUCCCUCAAAAGGCUGGCAGCCACCCUGCGCCGACAGGGGGCGCACUCCACAAAGCCCGGCGUGAACCUUGCCGAGAGACGCUACCAGUUCGCCUAUGCCUUGGCUAAUAGAUUUGCUGCCAACAGGGGCCGCACCGACCUCAGCCUCAGGGGUCUGCACUACAGACAACGCUGUUAUCCCCAUUUCCUAUACAGGGAAGCCCAUCAGGACAUCACAAGCCCUGAGAGCCAAAGUCCAGAUUGAAAGCUGUGCUUUGCACUCAAGUACCCUUGAAUGAGCCACAUAAUUGGUGGCUUUAAGCCAGGAGACCCUGAAGAUGCUUCAUGAUGUCCCAAUCCAGUGCUCCACAGACAUGACUGCAGACAAGAGUGGACAACUUUUCUGUGUCCAUACGUGGUCGUGGGCUUAUUGAGACUGAGAAUGCACAAAGCAUUUUUCCACGAAGCUAGAGGUAGAGACUGUGUUGGGAGAAAUAAGCACUGGACUGGGAGUUAGGAGACUCAGGGCUCCAACUGCUGACCUGCAUCCACCUGCUGCGUGACCUGUACAUGUCCCCUCUCCUGUCCAGACCUUGGAUUCUGGGCUGGACUAGGGGACUCAUUGGAUCCCUUCUGAUUCUGUAUUGCUGAUGUCUUCCUAAAGAGAGGUAGUGAGUGCUUUUACUCCAUGGCUAAAUAUACCCUCCCCACCAAGCUGGAGGUAAUCUUUAAGUCCUCACCGAAUGAAUGAAUGAAUGAAUGAAUGAAUGAACAAACGAACGAACGAAUAAGGUGGAGAACUCCUAAUAUGUUGGCAGUUCUGCCAGGCAUCUCCUGGGAGGCCUUGCUCCGCAGUUGGAAUUGUGCAACCAGUGACUCUAUCUCUAAAUUGUGGGUUAGGGAGGAAAUGGGGGAGCAACCUCAACAAGUAUUGGUCCAGAGCGUUGGACAGAGAGGCAAAGCCUUUGCAUUCUGGGGACAACCCUAGCGCCACCUCACAUACCCUUGGGUGGGUCUCCUGGUUUUUACUUUCAUUUAAGAGUUACUAAAUCCUUAAUCUUAUUUUUUUUAUCAUCAUGUAUUUUCUUGAUCCACAGGGGUGAAAAAUAUGCCCACUGUUAUGUAGAGAGCCUGCUGACAUUUUUUUCAGAUGUUAGUUUAAAUGAGUCUUAAAAGUAAAUUUUUGUUUAAUCUCUCACCAGAAUAUCCACAUGCAUUUAAACAGAUCUAUGUGCAUCUAUGUGCAAUAAUUUAUUCAGUUGACUGUCCUUACGCCCAUGUGGAUAUGCAGAUGCCUCCCAGGAAGGGAAGACCUAUGGAUUGGGGAUCACUGGCCUUUCAGAAACCUCCCAACCCCGUGUCCAUCAUUCUGUGACCAGGGAAUGAAGCUGGUGCCUUGUAGCUCUCGUAUCCCACGAGGGUUUGCUGAGAGUCAGGGAGAAAAUGAAUAUGAAGGGUUCUGAAAUGACACAGUGCUAUGUCCAGGUGUGGUGUUAUUUUUAUUAUAGCCACAAUCUGGGUAUGUUCAGGAAGUGGGGGAGGGCUUCAAGCUGGAUCACCAUGGACAGUUGCACGGGCGUGCACUGCUCGAGAGCACAUGCCCCAGGAAGUGCCAUUCACUUCCCAGACCUUGUGGUGGAUUUGUAGCUGUAUGACAGUGUCCCCUGAUGGCAGUAAAGGGUCUUGAGAAAGAGGCUCCUUUCUGUUUUUACACAAAGAUGAGGUGUGGGCUCUUAGAGGCCCUGCCUUCUACACAACUGAACAGUUUCAACAGCCCGGUUCAGGUGGACAAUUUGCCAUGUGUCUGUGCACACCCCACAGGGCGAUUAGACAUCGCCUGGAACACAAGGCCAGAGGGGAGAGGGCGUUAAAGCCUGGAUGGCAAACUCAGUCUCGUUAUUCUCAGCGGACAUUGUAUUGCUGUGUUGAACCUGCGGGGGGCACCGUGGGGUGGGACUGGGGAAGGGGAGAAGCCGAGGGCAGAGAGGGCUUGGGCACUUACCUGGGACUGGCCUCAGGCCUGAGGGGCAGUUUUAGGAAUUUCGACUAAGCAUAUUCUGAAAGUCAAGUAGUGUUACUGCUUCUGAGAAGUGGGGGAGAGGUGAGCUAGUUCUGGAUUGAUUUUAGGCAGUGUUCAGAGACACCGCACCCAAAUGUGAAGGAUCAGAAGCCAUUUGGAUCUGAGGGUCAGGAACCUUCCGGACGUAGCUUCUUAUUUGCAAUGAUAUUCUUUAAGCUGUAUGAGUAUUUGGUAUGAAUUCCCGAUGCUGGCAUCUAAUUCUUGUGUUUGUACUGCAUUAUUUGGACAAAUAAAGAAACUGACUUGCACAAAGGUCUCACCUGGAUUAUUCACAAUGGAAGCAAGAUGGGGGCCCAUCGGCCACAUCUAGGCCAGCCUGGUACCUGCAAGGCUGUGGAGGUCUCCUUGUCCUUGCCUGGGGGCUCUCUCUGGAUGCUUUCCACAUGGCCCAUCCUUGGGGUGCCAACUUGCUGAGGCAGUAAAAAAAAGCUCUGGGCUGGGCCUCAGGAGACCUGGGUUUUAGUCCAGAUGCCCACAGGCUGAUAACCUUGGAGACAAGAUACUUGCCCUCCAGACCUGAUAUUCUACAACUCUGUGACUCUUAAGGUGACAGUUAAUUGUAUGUCCAAGAAAAUGUGAGUAGGUCCUAAUUCUACAUCAUCUGUCUUAUUAAUCCCUAAAUUCUGGUGCCCAAAGUCUGUCACUCAAAACCAGAUAGAAUUGACAGAAUACAGUGCCUGGUUUUGGGUCUAGAAAAUGUAGUCUUCAUUGAAAGGCAUUGAAGGUUUCCUUUUCUCUCUCUCAGAUAACAAGUGAGCUUCCAGUGGCUCCCUGGGGAAGGCCACCCUUUUUUGUGCUCGCUUGUUUUCUUUUCAAGCCACGUUUCCAUUCCUUGACCCUUGAAGAUUCGCUGUAAUGCUCUGAGGAGGGCAGGAGAGGGCACUAUUAUUAUCCUCUUGUCCCAGAUGAGGAAGCUAAGGGCUCAGAUGGGACAGUACCUUGUUCAAGGUCACACAGCCAGCUACAGACAGAACCAGGCCAGGACUCCGCUCUGAGAACCCCUGUUUUAGUGCCCUCCAUUAUUUUCUAACCCAUUGGUUCAUUUAUUCAAUAUUUAUUGAGCACUUACUAUGUGCCAAGUCUGAUGUAGAAGGCAAUCUUUGCCCUUGGAUGCUAAUGGACCUCACUGGCUAUGGGAAUUUUGUGCCAAUAGGAAUAUAGCGAAGUGGACACUAGGUGAGGGUGGGUCUCCCUCAAUUCAUACCAUAGAGGCUUUCAAGAGCCCUAGGGUGUGUGGGGAACACUGCUGUUUUGAAAGGCUUUUAAAAGGUGGACAAGUGACAUCAGAACAUAAUUAAACGAAUUACUCACCCUCAGAAGUCAGGAGGCUAAGUGGGUGAGUCAGAGAUAAUGGGGUCAGUGGAGAACUGGUUGGGUUCAGGGUGUUAGUGGGGUUACAGGGAGGGCUGAGCCCAGGUGUCAUUUAGACAUGCUUGUUUGGAAAUCCAGAGUGCUCUGGCCUUGCCCUGGGCACCAGUAAGUCCUCCCAAUUUCAAAGCACAGUGACUGUUGCAUCAGAAAAAUAAUCCAUUAGUGUUGGUUUAAGGAAAAAAAGGCAUAAGGUGAAAGAAACUAAUUAGGGUUGCCAAAAUUAGCAAAUAAAAGUAUGAAUGGCCCAGUUAAAUGACAAUUUCAGAUAUAUAACAAAUAAUUACAUUACUGGGCACAUACUUAUACUAAAUAAUUAUUCAUUGGUUAUCUGAAAUUCAAAAUUUAACAAAGCCGCCUUUAUUUUAUCUGGCAAACCUGGAACCAAUGCAAGAACAAUUCUCUUAAUUACCUCAAGGAAAAGGGAAAUUAAGCAAAAUGAAGGAAAAUAUGCAAGGGGAUUUAUUGAUACUGUGGGGACAGAGCCAGGAGGGCAGUUUCCAGGCUCUCGCCCUCACGUGGAAAG